AUGUCGACGACGGAACCGCUUGCGAUCGUGCAGUCGAAGUUCGUCUCGGGCGAGACCGUUGUAACUGCAACCGAAGCGUCGUUGAUACAAGGAUGGAUCAAAUCCACGAGAUACGUUGCGCUCAUUUACAAAGGUUCGACUCACGCUUUAGCGAUUUUCCACACCUCGAAGACACCCCCGCAAGUGUACAGCGAUCUCACUCUCGAAGGGAUACUGCCCAUCGAUCAAGAUUUCAAGUGUGGAAUAGAUACCAACGGAGAGGCACAGGAUGGACUUGACGUAUACAUGAAUAUCGCGUCGAGGAAACUUCGUCUGAUAUUCGAGAUGAAGCUGGGAGAAGCGACGAGUUCCUUGGUGUCGGAGAUUUUUCGCGCGAUAGAAGUAUAUCAGACAGCGAAAAGUCCGGCGGCGGAAUUCUCGUGGAUUGAAAAGUUAAUGAGAAGCACGAGGAGCCUGGCGACUGCCGAGAAAGAUGUGCCAGAUGUCGCUGACCCCUUGCUCAACCUUGAGAGUCCUGACUUCGUAGUACCAAGACCAUGCAUCGCUUCAGGUAGAUCCCCGGUGGCUGCAAGAGAGUCAGUGGUACGGUACCAGAUGGCCUGUAAAGAGGAUGAUUACAUGUACAGCAAGACAUUCCGUAUACUUACUUGCACGUGGAAUGUGAACGGACAACCCCCGAAUGGCAUUAAUUUACACAAGUGGUUAAGCGCCGAUGAAACACCACCGGACAUAUACGCAAUCGGAUUCCAAGAAUUAGAUUUAAGCAAGGAAGCAUUCCUGUUUCACGAAACCCCCAGAGAGGAGGAAUGGAGACAAGUUGUAGUUAAUUCGCUGCAUCCUGGCGGCACCUACACUCAAGUCGCUCUCGUUAGAUUAGUGGGCAUAAUGUUGCUGGUAUAUGCGCUCGAAACUCAUAUACCUUAUAUCGAAUACAGUACGGAUACAGUCGGGACGGGCAUCAUGGGAAAGCUGGGUAACAAGGGCGGUGUCGCAGUGAGUUGUCGAAUUCACAAUACCUCCGUCUGCUUCGUCAACGCUCACUUGGCGGCGCACUGCGAAGAAUUUGAACGACGUAAUCAGGAUUACGCUGACAUCUGCGCGAGAUUAUCAUUCGCGAAAUUUGUGCCACCUAAGAGUUUUAAAGACCACGACCAGAUUUAUUGGUUGGGAGACUUAAAUUAUCGGAUAACAGAGAUGGACGUUAACGCGGCGAAGCAUCAUAUCGCGGAGGGCAAUUACGCUCCCGUCCUGACGUUCGACCAGCUCGGACAGCAACGCAAGGUGGGACGUGUGUUUCACGGAUUUCACGAGGCUCACAUCGAUUUUAAGCCGACGUAUAAAUAUGAUCCUGGCACCGACAACUGGGACUCGAGCGAGAAGUGCAGAGCCCCGGCUUGGUGCGAUCGGGUGCUGUGGAAGGGAGACGCGAUUAAAUCGAUCAGCUACAAAAGCUACAUGGAAUUCAAGAUAUCCGAUCACAAACCGGUCAGCGCGAGCUUCGAUUCCCAGGUACGAAUUAUAGACACGGCUAAGUAUCGUAAGAUUCACGAGGAAGUCAUGAAGAAGCUCGAUAAAUUGGAGAACGAGUACUUGCCUCAGGUAAUGGUCGAUACCACCGAUAUCAUCUUCGAUAUUUUAAAGUUCCUCGAGCCCAGUAGUAAAGAGCUCAUCAUUGCCAAUACAGGACAAGUGCCGGUGCAAUUUGAAUUCAUAAAAAAGUUAGACGACACCAAUUAUUGCAAGGACUGGCUACACAUAGAACCUUACACGGGUUUUAUAAAACCAGGUGAAAAAUGUGAUAUUAAGCUGGAGGUGUACGUGGACAAGAAAACCGCAUGUAAGCUCAACUCCGGUGAGGAUAAGCUGUACGAUAUCUUGGUGCUACAUCUCGAGGGAGGCAAAGAUAUUUUCAUCACUGUAACAGGUACUUACGAGAGAAGCUGCUUCGGCUCCUCCAUGGAAGCGUUGGUUCACAUUUCAGUCCCGAUCAGAGAGAUCCCCAUCGGACGAAUAAUGGAACUGGAGAACAACAAGAAUCCGUCGCAAGAGCCGUACGCGGUACCCAAGGAAAUCUGGCAUUUGGUGGACAGGCUGUACCGACACGGCAUUAAGACUCCGGGACUCUUCGAGACGCCGGGUCUUCACAGCGAAAUCGUGGCCAUUCGAGACUGGCUGGACGAAUGGAGCCAGGACCCGAUGCCUGGUAGUGUGCACUCGGUAGCGGAGGCGUUGCUGCUACUUCUGGAAUCCACAGCGGAGCCCCUGAUACCGUACAACCUGCACAACGUCUGCCUGACUGCGGCGACUAAUUACUUGCAGUGUAAACAAAUCGUGAUGCAGCUGCCCGAGACCAGGAGGACGGUCUUUCUCUAUAUCAGCUCGUUCCUGCAGGAGUUACUGAGUCACAUGCAAGAUAACGAGCUCGAUCCUAAGACGCUCGCGACGUUGUUCGGAUCGAUAUUCCUGAGGGACCCGCCGAGAAGCAGAGACGACCGUCACCGAAGUCGCGCGACUCAGAUUACAUUCGACAAGAAGAAGGCCGCAUUUGUCUAUCAUUUCCUGGUCAACGAUCAAAGCGACUUUAUACUAGGCCGAUAAUAAUAAACGGACGCCUCACAACGGGACAUUAGUGACGUUACUUAACGUUUUUUUUUUUCUAUUCAGACGCUUCUAAAUAGAGAAAAGAACUGAGAAAACCAAGCCGUUUGGUUGGCACUUAUUCUAACGCUUCUUGUAAUCGAACAAAUCAAGAGCUGUGUGUGUAUGCUUCUAUCACUCGUUACGAUCCGAGCGUCUUGUCUUUACUAUAAUUCAGUAGGCUAGUUAUAACCAAUUCGAGAGACUAUAUAGAUCAUACACCAAUCUUCUAUCGUAAAUAUAGAUUAUUUAUUACACGAAUUUGCGACUCGAUUCGUCGAAUCGAUUGAACCAUUUUCUAAAGUUAAUUAUCUUGACGCACGGAUACGGAAGAAACAGUAACAAUCAUCGGAGCGUUGGACCCGUGACGCAACAUUUACACGUCGAUCCUCCUUAACAAGGACUUUUCACAGAGAAAUAUUAAACUCAAGUGGCCAAAUUUAUUUAUGCACUCAUUGACAUUUUAUUAUAAAAAUACAUAGAAAAACGUAAAUACUGAGUUUCUCUUUUUACAGAAAAGAUGUAUAUGGUAGACGAUAUAAUAAUGGAUAAUAGAUCAGUUAUCAAUUGA